AUGGGAUUGGCAGCCAAUAAGAACAUCAUCGCUGCCAUUGCUAAUCGCCCCCAAGAAUUUGUGCGUCAGCUCCCACUUCCAAUUAUCUCAACAACACCUCCCUUCUUACUACACUUCCCAACUGCCCACUCUCCGCUACUCCCUACUCUCACUAAGCUCGCACCUUGUCCAGCGCCCAUUGGAAGAGUUUCAGCUUCUGCGAGAAUGGAGGGUUCCAAAGCUGCUCCAGCGAAGACGCUGCCGCUGGGAUUGGACCCAACGAUGGAGGAAGAGUACGAAUCGCAGUCCAAGUUGCUCAGAGAGUUCGCUAGUAUCUCAAGCAUUGACAAGGCGUGGACUUUCAAGUCUGAGAAUGGAAUUGGUUCGCAGGCAAUGUUUGCAAUUAGCCAACCGAAUCUUCUGGCUAAUAAAAGGAGGAAAUCCAUUCUGUCUGCUAAUGUGUCAAAGGGGAGUAGCAGUUCAAUGAGCUUUCAGUGGGCACCUUUUCCUGUUGAGAUGACUGCUGUCGCUACAAUGGUUCCUUCCCCUUCAGGUUCCAAACUUCUAGUGGUUAGGAACCCAGAAAGCGAGUCACCUGUUCAGUUUGAAAUCUGGAGUCAGUCUCAAUUGGAAAAGGACUUCCAGAUUCCCCAGUCUGUUCAUGGAUCAGUGUACACUGAUGGCUGGUUCGAGGGGAUCUCAUGGAACUCGGAUGAAACUCACAUUGCAUAUGUUGCCGAGGAGCCAACUCCUGUCAAGCCGACAUUUGAUGGUAAAGGGUAUAAGAAAUGUGGUUCUGCUGAAAAGGAUUGUAGUAGCUGGAAAGGCCUGGGGGAAUGGGAGGAAGAAUGGGGAGAGACAUACGCUGGGAAAAGGCGACCUGUGGUCUUUGUUAUUGAUACUAGCAGUGGAGAGGUUCAGCUUGUUAAAGGUAUUGCAAAACAUUUAAGCGCUGGCCAAGUUGUUUGGGCUCCUUCUAUGGAAAGCUCGCCUCAGUAUUUGGUUUUUGUUGGAUGGUCAUCGGAAAGAGGGAAGCUUGGCAUAAAGUACUGCUAUAAUAGGCCUUGUGCUUUAUAUGCUGCCAGAGCACCAUUAUUUGGAACAGAUGCCAAAAGUGAACAGAAAGAGAUUCCUGCUGUAGACUCAAAUGUGAUUAACGUAACUGAAGGCCUUGGUAGUGCUUUCUUUCCUCUGUUCAGCCCAGAUGGAAGGGUUCUAGUGUUUUUAUCUGCCAGUAGCUGUGUGGAAUCAGGUGCACAUUGGGGAACUGAAUCACUCCAUAGAAUUGAUUGGCCUUCUGACUUAAAGACACUCUCAUCUGCCAAAAUAGCUGAAGUGAUUCCAAUCGUUCAGUGUCCAGAAGAUGGUGGCUUUCCAGGGCUGUACUAUGGAAGUUUGCUUCGUCAUCCAUGGCUUUCUGAUGGAUCCACUAUAGUACUAAAUUCUGUGUGGCACAGCAGUGAGGUUAUACUAACUGUGAAUGUCUUAAGUGGAGAUUUGAAGAGAAUCAGUCCUGCUGACUCUAGUUCUGCAUGGCAUGCUCUUACACUGGAUGGUGACAACAUCAUUGCUGUUUCAAGCAGCCCAGUUGACCUCCCUGAAAUUAAGUAUGGGUACAUAGAAGUCCAAAAUGCUGCUUGGAAUUGGUCAAGCGUGCCUAGUCCCAUGAUUAGAUGCUCUGAAAGGGUUGAAUCACUGCUCUCGUCUCGUGAAUUUAGCAUUCUGAAGAUCCCAGUCAAAGAUGUGUCUGCUAACCUGCCAAAAGGCGCAAGUAAACCUUAUGAAGCAAUAUUUGUCUCUUGCACUUCCAAGAAAAGUGACGAGUUAGAUCCACUGAUUGUAGUCCUUCACGGAGGCCCACAUUCCGUGUCCGUAUCUAGCUUCUCCAGGAACCAUGCAUUUCUGUCAUCACUGGGUUACAGUUUGUUGAUUGUGAAUUACAGAGGUUCAUUGGGGUUUGGGGAGGAAGCGUUGCAGUCUCUUCCUGGAAAAGUUGGAACACAGGAUGUGAAUGAUGUGCUUGCAGCUAUAGAUCACGCCAUUGACAAGGGACUUGCUAGCCCCAAUAGAAUAGCUGUGGUUGGGGGCUCCCAUGGGGGCUUCCUCACAACUCACCUCAUUGGCCAGGCGCCAGACAAGUUUGCUGCAGCAGCUGCAAGGAAUCCUGUCUGCAACCUUGCAUCAAUGGUGGGGACAACAGAUAUCCCUGAUUGGUGCUACUUUGAAGCAUAUGGAAGUGAGGGGAAGGAUAAGUUUACCGAAGCAACUUCAGCUGCUGACCUAGCCAUCUUUCACAGCAAAUCUCCCAUUUCACACAUCUCUAAAGUCAAAACACCAACAAUCUUUCUCAUUGGUGCUCAGGAUCUCCGCGUUCCACCGUCCAAUGGCAUACAAUAUGCUCGUGCCUUGAAGGAGAAAGGGGUGGAGACAAAAGUUAUAAUCUUCCCGAACGAUGUUCAUGGGAUUGAGAGGCCGCAAUCGGACUAUGAGAGCUUCCUAAACAUCGGGGUUUGGUUCAAGAAAUACUGCAAAUGA